AUGCCCGUCAGGGCAAAAUUUGGACCGGCUCCUGGCUUCCUCGGGCGACAGCGGGCAUGGCGGUCUGGUGAGCCUGCGCCGGCACAGAACGUGCCGGGGCCUGGGGAUACCGCAUCGACCUCCACCCGCGGUGUGCACACACGCGCACGCCCCCGCCGGCUGCAGGACGCCCAGGGCCCACCAUCCAUCCCCGCAGCCUCCUUCACGGUCCCACCAAGCAGCAACUCACGGAAGGCGGUGGCCACUGUCACGAGGUUGCACGGAGUUGCCUUCCCACACGCAUUUCGCGUCCAUGGAGGCCGCCAGGUACCUCGACCGCACACCAAACGCCGGACCGUCGGACCAGAACUCACCUCUCCCACGAGUGGCCUCCUACCGGCCCACGGCUGCCGUGGGGCGCAGGAAGGACUCCAAAUGACUCCCAGUGGCCCUGUGCUCACCGCUCUCGAAUGCCCGGUCCUGCCGUCCAUCCGGUUCCUCCAUCCCGCCACGACGGCCCGCCACACCGAACGCACAGGCGCCUGGCCGAUUGUCACCUCUGCAACGACACAAGCGCCUGGUACUGGCCGCAGACCCUCCGUUCUCAGUCGUCUCCUUUUUCGGUGUCGCGGACUUUGCCCGAACACCGCCGGUGAGAACGGCAAGCCCACGUGUGCCGUCAGGGGCGGAUUUCCGGCAGCGGUCCGGUGGUCGAGAGAAGUGGGGUCAGUGGCAGGUUGCUGCCAAAGCCUGGGCGUCCGCUUGGAAGCCGAGAGAAGUUCCAGCCGCUAGAAGACUGACUGGACUGUCUGAACUCUCUGCUCCGUGGCUUUGGGCGGAGGC